CAGAAAAGAAAAGAGUGGAAAAAGGAGAGCUGUGAUCACAUGGACUUGUCUUUCUCUUACUGGGUCCUCCAGGUCCUCCAUUCUACCUUUUCCUUCGUACCCUCUCUUUCCCUUCUCUUCUUCUUCUUCUUCUUCUUCUUCUUCUUCUUCUUAGAUUCUUCCUCUUUUCUCUACCCUCUGCCAUGGCUGAGGAUAAGGAGAUGUCCUCCUCUGUCAUCAAUGACAAUGAUUCCCUCACUGGUCACAUCAUAUCUACAACAAUUGGAGGCAAAAACGGGGAGCCCAAACAGACUAUUAGUUACAAGGCCGAACGAGUCGUAGGAACUGGCUCAUUUGGAAUUGUUUUCCAGGCAAAAUGCUUGGAAACUGGGGAGGCAGUGGCCAUUAAAAAGGUUUUACAGGACAGAAGAUACAAGAACCGUGAACUACAAUUAAUGCGUGUCUUGGAUCAUCCAAAUGUGAUCUCACUGAAGCAUUGUUUCUUUUCAACUACAAGUACGGAUGAACUUUUUCUAAAUUUGGUGAUGGAAUAUGUUCCGGAGUCCAUGUAUAGAGUCUUAAAGCACUAUAGCAAUGCUAAUCAAAGAAUGCCGAUCAUCUAUGUGAAACUUUACAUGUACCAGAUUUUCAGGGGAUUGGCUUAUAUUCACACUGUUCCCAAAGUUUGCCACAGAGACUUGAAGCCUCAAAAUAUUCUGGUGGAUCCUCUUACACACCAAGUAAAGCUAUGUGAUUUUGGAAGUGCCAAAGUUCUAGUGAAGGGCGAAGCUAAUAUAUCAUACAUAUGUUCACGAUUCUAUCGUGCUCCAGAACUUAUAUUUGGUGCCACAGAGUAUACAACUUCUAUCGAUAUUUGGUCAGCUGGCUGUGUCCUUGCUGAACUUCUUCUGGGCCAGCCAUUAUUCCCAGGAGAAAACGCAGUAGACCAGCUUGUACAUAUUAUAAAGGUGCUUGGCACACCAACUCGCGAGGAAGUACGCUGUAUGAAUCCCAAUUACAAUGACUUCAGGUUUCCACAGAUAAAAGCACACCCAUGGCACAAGAUAUUCCACAAAAAGAUGCCUCCAGAAGCUAUUGAUCUUGCAUCUCGGCUUUUGCAGUACUCCCCUGGUCUCCGGUGUACUGCGCUUGAAGCAUGUGUACAUCCUUUCUUUGAUGAACUUCGAGAAACUAAUGCUCGCCUGCCAAAUGGCCGUCCUUUUCCUCCUCUAUUUAACUUCAAACAGGAAUUAACUGGAGCAUCUCCAGAGCUUGUUAACAAGUUGAUACCUGACCAUGUGAAGCGGCAAAUAGGGAUACAAUUUGUUCAUCCCAUAGGAUCAUGAUGAUAAGCUACCAGGGGCAUAAUGUAUACUAGUCGAAAAGUUAAACGAAAGUGCCACUGUUAUUCUUGUUUAAAUUAUCUGGCCAGUGUAGUCUCAAGCUGAACCUGCGCUUGAUAUAUCGGCAUAUAUAUAUAUAUAUAGAUACUCCUUUUGAUUCUGUGGCCACUUUUGGAUCUUAUUUCCUGAGGCAAAUAGCCUCAUUUAUUGUAAGCGUCUAUAUGGGAUGAUAUAGUAGUAGUAUACUUGGCCUGAAAUGGUCAGAACUUAGAAUGCUUAUGCAAGGGGGAAAAUUAAAAGCCUUGGCUGGAAGGAGAGAAUGGAGGGUGGAUUUUAAUUGUGGGGUUGUUGGGUUUAGUUUAGUUUCCUCCUUGUUAAUAAUGUGCCUUUUGUAAUGUUGUUGACCAGUUCCUUUCCUUUUGAAAUGUAAUGUUGCUAUCUGUCUGUUUUCCUUUCUUUAA